AUGGCUGACAAGACCCUCCGCAAAUUCGCUGCUACCUCCGCUGACAACAUGGCCACUGGGCCGCAAAUCAACAUGGGAGACGUGGAUUUCGAUCUGAAGUCCAGCCUCAUUACGAUGGCGCAGGCUAGCCUAUUCUGCGACAAGCCUAAUGAGCAUGCCAAUGCACAUCUGCAACAGUUCCGGAGAUCUUCAGCAUAUGUUGUAAGGUUUCUCAUUGAACAAGGUGAUGCUUUUCGUGCAUAUGAUGAAUCUAAUACUUCCCUUGCUGCUUUUUGUGGACAUGAUGAAUCUGAUACUUCCCUUCCCUCAGCAAGGGACCUUACUAAACCUUGUGCAAAAAAGGUGACAGCAGUGAUUAUGGAUGAGAUUGGAGAUAGAAAUUUAUGUGCGCUUAUUGAUGAGUCUCGAGAUGUAUCAAUUAAGGAGCAAAUGGGUGUCAUCUUGAGAUUUGUGAAUGAUGAAGGAAAAGUGAUGGAGAGGUUUCUUGAUCUUCAACAUAUUGAGAGAUGUACCGCUAUUGCUUUGAAGGAAGCUUUAUUUGGUUGCCUUGUUGCAAAGCAUCAUGAUGUAUUGUUAGAAAAGGUGGAGAAUGGUGAGAUUACCACUAGAAGUGGUCUGAACCAAGAAAGUAGCCUAGCUAGGCCUGGAGAUACUAGAUGGGGGUCACAUUUUAAAACUUUGUUUCGUAUUUUGGUAAUGUGGGAGGCUAUCAUAGAUGUACUUGAGAUUGUUAGGAAAGAUUCUACUAAACCAACAUUUAAUGGUGGAGCAUUUGGUUUGAUGGGUAAAAUGCAAAGGUUUGAUUUUGUAUUCAUCAUGCAUUUGGUGAUAGACAUGUUGAGCAUUACAGAUGACUUGUCACGUGCUUUGCAAAGAAAGGACCAAGAUAUUGUUGAGGCAAUGAGUUUGCUCAAGGAUGUGAAAGAGCUCUUGCAGGAGAAUGGAUGGGAACCAUUAUUGAAUAGGGGGAUUUCAUUCUAUAAUAAACAUGUGAUUAAAGUGCCAAAAAUGGACAAGGAAGUAAAUGAAAGAGGGGCAUCUACACGUCGAAGGCACAAGGUAACAAAUAAGCAUUACUAUCAUGUUGAGAUCUAUCUUGCAGCCAUCGAUGCCAUUUUGGUUGAAAUGAAUCAUCGCUUUAGUGAAGUUAGUUCAGAGCUAUUAGUAUGCAUGUCAUCUCUUAAUCCACAUAAUUCCUUCUCCAAUUUUGAUGUGGAUAAGCUUGUGAAGCUUGCUGAAAUUUAUGUUGAAGCUUGCUGA